AAGCCCAUCUGUUUCUCCGAUCCGCCUCCAGCGUGCGCACCGCACUACCGCUCGCUGAUUCUUUCCUCGUCCUCCGCGUGCUGAUUGAUCGGUGGUCUGGUUCCUCUCCCGACCGCGCGCGCGCGCAAUGACGAAGCACACGGCCUUCGCCGGCGCGGACGGCGGCACGACCGCCGCCGCCGCCGUCACGCUGUGCGCGCCGCCGAGGGCGCGCGGCGCACGCAGGGUGGCCGCGGGGUCCUUGCCGGAGCUCGUUCGGCGCCACGCGGAUCUCGACGACUGGAUGGAGAAGCACCCGUCGGCAUUGGCCGGGUUCGAGUCGGUGCUGGCGGCCGCCGAGGGGAAGCAGGUCGUGAUGUUCCUGGACUACGACGGCACGCUGUCGCCGAUCGUCAAGGACCCCGACAGCGCCGUCAUGUCGGAGGAGAUGCGAGACGCGGUGAGAGGCGUGGCCGAGCACUUCCCGACGGCGAUCGUGAGCGGGAGGUGUAGAGACAAGGUGUUCAACUUCGUGAAGCUGGCGGAGCUGUACUACGCCGGGAGCCACGGCAUGGACAUCAAGGGACCCACGGCGCAGUCCAAGCACACCAAGGCAAAGGCCGAAGCUGUUCUGUGCCAACCAGCGAGCGCGUUCCUGCCCGUCAUCGACGAGGCGUACCGCGCGCUGACGGCGAGGACGGCGCCGAUCCCCGGCGCGACGGUGGAGAACAACAAGUUCUGCCUCUCCGUCCACUUCCGCUGCGUCCAGGAGGAGAAAUGGCGCGCUCUGGAGGAGCAGGUGCGGUCGGUGCUCAAGGAGUACCCGGACCUCCGGCUCACCAAGGGCAGGAAGGUCUUGGAGGUCCGGCCGUCCAUCAAGUGGGACAAGGGCAACGCCAUUCAGUUCUUGCUCGAGUGUCUCGGUUUUGCUGACAGUAACAAUGUCUUCCCGAUAUAUAUUGGAGACGAUCGCACCGACGAGGACGCGUUCAAGGUGCUGCGCGGCAUGGGGCAGGGGAUCGGAAUCCUCGUGAGCAAGAUUCCAAAGGAGACCAGUGCAUCCUACUCCUUGCGUGAACCUUCCGAGGUGAAGGAGUUCCUGCACAUGUUGGUCAGGUCCAAGCAGCGGCGGGACUAGUCAUGGUCCAGGCAGCAGGUGGUGAAAAGCUAGAAGCAACCGAGGUCGGUCGAGGUAGUCCAAGCACAUGCAUGUCCAUGGUCGACAAGCGAAGCUGUUUUUGCCCAUGGUCUCUGUGAAUAUAUCAGCUGACUGUAUCUGACUGGAUCCGGAUUUUAACUGUUGCGCUAGGAAGGAAAAGUUUUUUUUUUGGUUCCUUCAUUAGAGAAGAAAAAAGAGAGUGCUGUCUCCGCGCCUCGCCGCCGGCGCCGACACGCAGCCACGGGGGUGGACGCAGGCGCCGACGGGCUGCAUGGUGGUUUUGCCUGCUAUAAGGUGGGCUGGGCCGGCGUGUGAGGCUGUGAGCCCCAGGAGUCCAGUACACCUCAGCCUACCUACGAAAGAGAACAGAACCGAAUACGCUCGCACCCAUGCUUUGUGCCCAUUGGGGCCUUAGGGCGUGCACAAAGGCAUUAAAAACAUCGUGUUUUACUGGGUGUUAGGGUGCUAAUUGUAAAAAUAUUGGAGAGCCAAUCUCUUGGUCAAUAAACACCUCGGGCGCUCAGCUCAAUGUCGAAGAAACA